GACGCGACCCUGGAUCACUCUCCCACUACACUCCCUCUCCCUCCCUCUCUCCUCCUCCUCCGUUGCCUCCAACAGAUCGACACUUGCAGCCAUUUUACGAAGCCAGUCAUGCGGUGAGCGGCUGCCCGGCCACCUGAGCUGCGGAGGAGGAGGAGGAGGCGUUUGCUGCCGGCGGUCCGCGCGCUCCGGCAGACGAGCGACCAGCGUCGGCCAAGAUGGUGAAGAGGAAGAGCCUGGAUGAGAAUGAGCCCGAGUGCGGGAAAGGAAUCCCCUUCCCCAUCCAGACCUUCCUGUGGAGACAAACCAGCGCUUUCCUGAGACCAAAACUGGGGAAACAAUAUGAAGCCUCUUGUGUGUCCUUUGAGAGGGUCCUGGUGGAGAACAAGCUCCACGGGCUGUCGCCGGCCCUUUCGGAGGCCAUCCAGAGCAUCUCCCGCUGGGAUCUGGUCCAGGCUGCCCUCCCUCAUGUGCUCCACUGUACCUCGAUCCUAUUGUCCAACCGAAACAAGCUGGGCCACCAGGACAAACUGGGCGUUGCUGAGACCAAGCUUCUCCACACCCUGCACUGGAUGCUGUUGGAAGCUGCUCAGGAGUGUAACCACGAACCCAGCCUCGGUCAUGGCUGGUCCGCCGGCGGAGGCAGCAGCAGCAGCAGCAGUGCGUUCCUCCAUCCUGUUGGAAAUCAGGGCUCGUCCCCUGGGGCGCUUGGCUCCUGCUCCCCCUCUGCGUUUGGAGUGUCAGGACCCCAAAACAGUAGCUCCCUCCUAGAAGAGGAUGAACAUGCAAGGACCAAGCUCUUCCACAAGAGCAUGGCGACCGUGGAGUUGUUUGUUUUUCUCUUUGCUCCACUGAUUCAUAGGAUAAAGGAGUCGGAUUUGACCUUCAGAUUGGCCAGUGGUCUGGUCAUUUGGCAGCCGAUGUGGGAGCAUCGGCAGCCGGACAUCCCCGCCUUCACAUCCCUCAUUAAGCCUGUCCGCAACAUUGUCACAGCGAAGAGGAACUCCCCUGUCAACAACCAGUACAGUCCCUGUGGAUCAUCUGGUAAUCCCGGCCCUAUGGGCUUCCAGGUGGUGUGUGAAGCCUCCCAAUCAGACUCCUCCUCCCCUACAGCUGGAGAACAAAGCUGUCGCCGUGGUAACUCGGUGGAAAAAGGCGGUCCUUCUCAUCAACCCCCACCGGUCAAAGGUCCUACCAAGAAGAAAACUUCAGCCCCCGCUGGUCUGCCUGUGUCUAUUGCUCAGCGAGCACGUUAUGCCACUUACUUUGACGUAGCAGUGCUGCGCUGCCUGCUGCAGCCACACUGGACCGAGGAAGGAGUGCACUGGGCCUUGAUGUACUACCUGCAGCGACUGAGGCAAAUACUGGAGGAGCGGCCUGAGCGGCCACCGGAGUCUGUAGUGGCCCCUCUCCCACGGCCCCGCAGCAGCUCCAUGGUGGCUGCCACGCCGUCCCUGGUCAACACUCACAAAACACAGGACAUGAGUUUAAAAUGCAACGAAGAAGGCAAAUCUCUGAGCACAGAGACCUUUGCAAAAGUGUCACUGACGAAUCUGCGCCGACAAGCCGUCCCUGACUUGUCCUCCGACCUGGGCAUGAACAUCUUCAAAAAGUUUAAAAACCGGCGCGAGGACCGGGAAAGGAAGGGCUCCAUCCCCUUCCACCACACUGGAAAGAAGCGGCAGAGACGGAUGGGGGUCCCGUUCCUGCUGCACGAGGACCACCUGGACGUGUCGCCCACACGAAGCACUUUCUCGUUCGGGAGCUUCUCUGGCCUGGGUGAUGAUCGGCGGGCUCUGGAGCGCGGCGGCUGGCAGGCCACUAUCAUGGGCAAGUUCACACGGAGAGGCAGCACAGACACGGCUGCCGACGCAGAUAGUCUGAGUGCCAAGCACUCUCACUCCCACCACUCUCUGCUCCGCGACAUGCCCGACCACUCCAACAGCCACAGCGAGAACACAGUCAAAGAGGUUCGAUCUCAGAUCUCCACCAUCACCAUGGCAGCAUUUAACACGACAGUGGCUUCCUUCAACGUGGGCUAUGCCGACUUCUUUACUGAGCACAUGAAGAAGCUGUGCAAUCCCGUGACUGUGCCGGAGAUGCCCAUCGAGCCACUGGCCUGUGCCAACCUUCCCCGCAGCCUCACGGACUCGUGCAUCAACUACUCCUGUCUGGAGGAAGGAGAGAACAUUGAGGGGACCAAUAACUUUGUCAUGAAGAAUGGAAUGUUGGACCUCACGGCUGUCUUGCGUGCACUCUAUGCCAUCCUCAGUCAUGACAUCAGCUCCAGGAUCUGUGAUGUGGCCCUCAACAUCAUCGACUGCCUGCUGCAGUUGGGGGUGGUGCCAGGAAUGGGGAAGAAACUGUCCAAGGUCGAAAACAAGGAGAACGACGAGGCCAGGGGGAAAGAAAAAACUGGGCAGGGCCUUGGAGCGCAGGGUGGCGGGUCGAUCCCCUGCGGGGGAGCAGGUGGAGGUGGCGAUGGAGGUGGAGGAGGCAGUGGAGAGGGGAGUGGUGGAGGGAGCGGACAGGGGAGUAAAGAUGAUGUGAAGAACAAUAAGGAUACUGACAAAAAGGAGGAAGGUUCGGGCUUCAGCACCCACCGCCUGGCACUGACCAUGCUCAUUAAGAUCGUGAAGUCUCUGGGCUGUGCCUAUGGUUGUGGCGAGGGCCACCGUGGACUCUCCGGGGACCGUCUAAGGAUGCAGGCUCAGAACUGCCUGACCAGCCUUUAUAAGCUGGACAAGCUGCAGUUUCGACAGACAAUGCGCGAGUAUGUCAACAAAGACUCCCUCAAUAACAUAGUGGACUUCCUUCAUGCGCUGCUGGGCUUCUGUAUGGAGCCCAUUACGGACAAGUACGGCAGUGCAGGUGAGAGGUCCAGGAGGGCGAAAAAAAGAAACAUCGACAAGGCAGGUUUUGGCAACAACUUCACCACCGGGGACAACAAGUCGGUGGCGCAGAAUAUGGAGGCGGUGGUGGUGGGCUGCAUGUUCAAGUCCCUCAUCACGCGCUGCGCCUCGACCACACAUGAACUGCACAGCCCUGAGAACCUGGGACUUUACUGUGACAUCCGCCAGUUGGUGCAGUUCAUCAAGGAGGCGCACGGGAACGUGUUCCGCCGCGUCGCCUUGAGUGCGCUCUUAGACAGUGCUGAGAAGGUCACAGCCACCAAGAAGCCGGAAGACAAGGAUGACGGCAAACAGGGCGGGAACAGAAGGUCAGAGGCGGGUGUGUCCGGGGAGAAGGGUCAGGGCUCCAGUGCUGCUGAUGAGUGUCGCAGCUACAUCUCCAGCAGACCCCCCCAGACCCCCGAACAUGAGGAGCAGCUGCCAGGGGCUCUGCUGGGAAGGAAGGACUUCUGGAGGAAGAUGUUCAAGUCGCAGAGCGCUGCCAGUGACACCAGCAGCCAGUCAGAACAGGACACGUCCGAGUGCACCACCGCCCACUCCGGCACUACGACUGACCGCCGCUCCAGGUCUCGGUCUCGCCGAAUAUCACUGCGCAAGAAACUGAAGCUUCCAAUAGGCAACUGGCUGAAGCGCUCAUCCCUGUCGGGACUCACUGACGGUGUUGAGGACCUUCUAGAUAUCAGCUCAGUGGAUCGCCUAUCAUUCAUAAGGCAAAGUUCAAAGGUGAAGUUCACCAGUGCUGUGAAGCUGUCCGAGGGGGGCGCUGCAGGGCCGGAAUAUGGCAGGGACGAGGAGGAGAAUUUCUUCAAGCGGCUGGGUAAAUGGAGGUCUGGCAGACGGAAUCCAUCCAAGCUUCACCACACAGAAGAGAAAGAUGGACCCCAUGGUUUUCAAGAGCGUCUGGCGGCCAGUCAGGAGGCCAUGAAGAACAAGAAUGUGGUGAAUUUGGGUGCCAUCAGACAAGGGAUGAAACGAUUUCAGUUUCUCCUCAACUGCUGCGAGCCUGGGACCAUACCUGACGCUUCCAUCCUUGCCGCCGCCUUGGACCUGGAAGCUCCCGUGGUCGCACGGGCCUCGCUCUUCCUUGAAUGUGCUCGAUUUGUCCACCGCUGUAACCGUGGCAACUGGCCAGAGUGGAUGAAAGGCCACCAUGUGAACAUCACUAAGAGAGGACUGUCCAGAGGUCGAUCGCCGAUCGUGGGGAACAAGCGAAACCAGAAGCUGCAGUGGAACGCCGCCAAGCAUUUUUGCCAGUGGGCAGAUGCUAUUGGAACUCGGCUGAGUGAGCUGUGUCAUUGUGACAGCGAGAGUCCUGCCAACAUUCUUGGCUACAUCUAUGAUGAAGAGACCAAGCGUAGAAUGAGGAAAGAAGAUGAGGAGGAGGACUAUUUAGAUGACAACACUGUAAAUCCAACAAAAUGCGGCUGUCCCUUCGCUCUCAAAAUGGCAGCGUGCCAGCUGCUCCUGGAAAUCACCACCUUCCUGAGAGAGACCUUCCCUUGUCUUCCUCGGCCACGCACCGAACCACUUGUGGAUCUGGACAGCUGCCGCCUGCGUCUGGAUCCAGAGCUGGGUCGGCACCGUUACGAGAGAAAGAUCAGCUUUGCAGGCAUUCUGGAUGAUGAAGACGGCCACGAUUCCCUCAACAGCAGCAGUCACACUCUGAAGUCGGACACCACCUGCGAGGAGAAGAAGCCCCAGGAGUCUCAGGCUCCCAUUAGGAAGAUUCGAAUUGGGGGCUCCCGGCUAUUGCAGAUUAAAGGGGCUAGAAGUUUCCGGGUGAAAAAAGGAGGUUCCUUGUCUUCCAUACGGAGAGCCGGGAGCCUGAAAAGCACCAAAAUGUCCCGGCAGGACUCCGAGUCUGAGAAUGAAGAGGGACUGCUGUCACAGACGCAGAGCCGAGAUACUGUCACUGACAUUGGAAGUCCUUUCAGCACCAGUGAACCCAGCAUUGAACCAGAGGGCCAGAGCUCAAGUGGGGCAGAGGACAACUACCACCGCAACAUGUCAUGGCUUCAUAUCAUGAUCCUGCUGUGCAACCAGCAGAGCUUCAUCUGCACACACAUUGACUUUUGCCACCCGCGAUGCUACCAGCACCACAGCCGCUCCUGUGUUCGCCUUGUUCGGGCCAUCAAGCUGGUGUACGGUGAGACUGUGGACAGCCUGAGAGAAGACAACAUCUCCUCUGGUAACAUCGGAACACGCGCCAAGAAAAGCAAAGAGUGUUCGGACAAGUCUUGUCUCCGGACUCCAUCCAUGAAGAGGCGACCCACUGACACUAACACGGAAGGAAAGAAGGAUACAGGGAUGCUGAAAUACAUCAGAAACCAGGUGAUGAGCCUGUCCCCAGCGCCUCUCUCCCUGCUGAUCAAAGCGGCUCCCAUCUUGACAGACGACAUGUAUGGUGACAUCCAGCCAGCUGCCUGGGAGCUGCUGCUGAGUGUGGACGAGCACAUGGCGGCUGCUGCAGCUGCCAUGUUCCUUCUUUGCGCCGUAAAGGUGCCAGAAGCAGUGAGCGAGAUGAUGAUGGCUGAGUUCCAGCACCAGGAGGCAUGUCAACGUAUCAACUCCAUCCUAAAGUUUUACACGCUGUGGCGCUUUCGCUACCAGGUGUGGCCUCGCAUGGAGGAAGGAGCCCAGCAGAUCUUCAAAAUCCCUCCGCCCAGCAUCAACUUUACCCUGCCCUCGCCGAUCCUUGGCAUGCCCUGUGUGCCCAUAUUUGACCCACCAUGGGUGCCACAGAACACUGGAAGUGUUCAAGACCCGAUCAAUGAAGACCAAUCCAAAUCGUUCUCAGCACGGGCGGUGUCGCGUUCCCACCAGCGAGCGGAGCACAUCCUGAAGAACCUUCAGCAAGAGGAAGAGAAGCGACGCCUGGGCAGGGAGGCCAGCAUCAUCACGGCCAUCCCUGUGGCUCAGGAGGCGUGCUACGAGCCCACGUGCAGCCCACCGCCUGAGCAGGAGGAAGAAGCAGAAGAAGUGGUGAACCUGACAUCCCGUCGUCUGUCGGUCAGCCCCUCCUGUGCGUCCAGCAACUCCCAUCGCAACUACUCAUUCAGAAGAGGAUCAGUGUGGUCCGUCCGCUCCAUGGCUAGCGCUGAAGAUGAGGAGAACACUACAGAACACACUCCAACCCACCACAUGCUUCAGCCGCCACAAGCCGUCUUCCCAGCAUGCAUCUGUGCGGCAGUCCUUCCAAUUGUGCAUCUCAUGGAGGACGGGGAGGUUCGGGAGGACGGAGUAGCUGUGAGUGCAGUGGCACAGCAAAUCCUAUGGAACUGUCUCAUCGAAGACCCAGCUCUUGUUCUCCGCCAUUUCCUGGAGAAAUUAACAGUCAGUAACCGGCAGGAUGAGCUGAUGUACAUGCUGAGGAAGCUGCUCCUCAACAUCGGCGACCUCCCAGCUCAGACCUCUCACAUCCUCUUCAACUAUCUGGUCGGGUUGAUCAUGUAUUUUGUCCGCACCCCUUGCGAGUGGGGCAUGGACGCUAUAUCAGCCACGCUCACGUUCCUCUGGGAGGUGGUCGGAUAUGUGGAGGGUCUUUUCUUCAAGGACCUGAAGCAAACCAUGAAGAAGGAGCAGUGUGAGGUUAAACUGCUGGUCACUGCCUCAAUGCCGGGAACGAAAACAUUAGUGGUUCAUGGACAAAACGAGUGUGACAUUCCGACACAGCUUCCUGUUCAUGAAGACACUCAGUUUGAAGCUCUGUUAAAAGAAUGCUUGGAAUUCUUCAAUAUUCCAGAGGCAAGAUCAGCUCACUACUUCCUCAUGGACAAAAGAUGGAAUCUUAUUCAUUAUUCCAAGACGUAUGUAAGAGACAUCUAUCCAUUUCGAAGGUCAGUCUCCCCACAGCUCAACCUGGUCCAUAUGCUUCCUGAGAAGGGGCAGGAGCUCAUCCAAAAACAGGUGUUUUCCCGCAAACUGGAGGAAGUUGGCCGCGUUCUGUUCCUCAUCUCUUUGACUCAGCACAUGCCGGCGGUGCACAAGCAAUCCCAUGUUUCCCUCCUGCAGGAAGAUCUGCUUCGUCUGCCGUCCUUCCCCAGAACAGCUAUUGAUGCUGAAUUCUCUCUGUUCAAUGAGCCACAAGGUAAAGAGCUGUUUGGGUUGGACACCCUGCACAAGGUGCUGUGGAUCAAACUGCUGGAGGAGAUGUUCCUGGGCAUGCCCAGUGAAUACCCUUGGGGUGAUGAGAUGAUGCUGUUUCUUAACGUCUUCAAUGGGGCACUGCUUUUACACCCAGAAGACAGCGCCCUCCUCAGGCAGUACACAGCCACUGCCAUUAACACAGCGGUGCACUUCAACCACCUGUUUUCUCUGAGCGGCUAUCAGUGGAUCCUACCAACCAUGCUGCAGGUGUAUUCCGACUAUGAAAGCAACCCUCUCCUCAGGCAGGGCAUUGAGUUCUGCUGCCGACAGUUCUAUAUCCUCCACCGAAAACCCUUCAUCCUGCAGCUGUUUGCCAGUGUGGCGCCGCUGCUGGAAUUCACCACAAGCACCAGUUCAGGUCUCUCUAAAGGAGUUUCAGCACAGUGUCUGUUUGACCUGUUGGUGUCCCUGGAGAAUGAGACGCAGGACUCCCUGGACGCAUUGGAACUGGUGAAGGCAGAGAAGCCUCUGCGCUCUUUGGAUUUCUGUUAUGGUAAUGAAGACCUGACAUUUUCUAUAAGUGAAGCCAUCAAGCUGUGUGUCACCGUCGUUGCUUACGCUCCGGAAUCCUUCAGGAGUCUCCAGAUGCUAAUGGUUCUGGAGGCCCUGGUCCCCUGCCACCUUCAGAAGCUGAAGAGCAACACCAUGACGAUGGAGUCGGCUUCAGCCGCUCGGGACGAGAUUGCCGCCAUCGCUGCUCUGGCCACUUCGCUGCAGGCCCUGCUCUACAGCUCAGAGGCCCUCACAAGGCCCAUGACAGCACCACAGAUGUCCCGCUGUGAUCAGGGACAUAAAGGAGGCACCACAGCAAACCAUGCCAUGUCAGGAGGAGUCAACACCAGGGACAACCUCCACCUGCUGGAGGAGGGCCAGGGAAUGCCCAGGGAAGAGCUGGACGAGCGCUACGCUAGAGAGGAGUUCCGUCGACCCAGAGAGUCCCUGCUAAACAUUUGCACUGAGUUUUACAAGCACUGCGGCCCGCGACUCAAAAUCCUUCAGAAUGUGGCUGGUGAGCCUCGGGUCACAGCCCUGGAGCUGCUGGAUAUCAAAUCCCACAUGAGGCUGGCUGAAAUCGCCCACGCCUUGCUAAAGCUGGCACCCUAUGACACCCUCACCAUGGAGAGUCGAGGGCUGCGUCGAUACAUCAUGGAGAUGCUGCCCAUCACCGACUGGUCAUCAGAGGCAGUCCGCCCGGCUCUCAUCCUCAUCCUCAAGAGGCUGGACCGCAUGUUCAACAAGAUUCACAAGAUGCCCACGCUCAGGUGCGCUCGCCCACAGGCACUAUGCACCAGGAGACAGGUGGAGUGGGAAGCGGCCAGUAGUCUGAUUGAGGGCAUAUGUCUGACACUCCAGCGGCAGCCCAUCAUCUCUUUCCUCCCUCACCUUCGCUCGCUCAUCAACGUCUGCGUCAACCUGGUGAUGGGUGUUGUCGGACCGUCCAGCGUGGCCGAUGGGCUGCCACUGCUCCACCUCAGCCCCUAUCUUUCUCCUCCUCUGCCCUUCAGCACGGCUGUGGUUCGACUGGUGGCCUUACAGAUCCAGGCUUUGAAAGAAGACUUUCCUCUUAGCCAUGUGAUUGCACCUUUCACCAACCAGGAGCGGCGGGAGGGAAUGCUGCUCAACCUGCUCAUUCCCUUUGUGCUGACUGUGGGCUCCGGGAGCAAAGACAGCCCCCACCUGGAGCAGCCAGAGAUCUUUCUGCUCCUGCAGACCGUCAUCAACAUCCUACUCCCUCCACGCAUCAUCUCCACCUCACGCACCAAGAACUUCAUGCUGGACGCCUCCCCGGCUCACUGUUCCACCCCUGGAGACACAGGGAAGGAUCUUCGGCGAGAGGGCCUGGCCGAGUCCACCAGCCAAGCAGCUUACCUGGCUCUGAAGGUGGUGCUGGUGUGCUUCGAGCGCUCGCUGGGGAACCACUGGUACCGGCUCAGCCUGCAGGUGAAAGAGAUGGCUCUCCGGAAAGUGGGCGGUUUGGCUUUCUGGGACUUCAUCGACUUCAUUGUCAGGACUCGCAUCCCCAUCUUUGUCCUGCUGCGACCCUUUAUUCAGUGCAAGUUGCUGACCCAGCCAGCUGACUCGCAGGAGGAGAUAACAGCACGGCACCACAUAGCCGACCAGCUGGAGCGCCGCUUCAUACCUCGCCCUCUGUGCAAAAGUUCUCUGUUUGCAGAGUUCAACAACGAGCUGAAGAUCCUGAAGGAGGCGGUGCACAGUGGCUCAGCAUAUCAGGGCAAGACCUCCAUCAGCACCGUGGGCACCUCCACGUCAGCGUACCGCCUCAGCCUGGCCACUAUGUCGCGCUCCAACACGGGCACUGGGACGGUCUGGGAGCAGGACAGCCAGCCGUCCCGCCAGCCCUCACAGGACACACUGAGCCGCACAGACGAGGAUGACGAAGAGAACGACUCCAUGAGUAUUCCCAGCGUGGUGAGUGAGCACGAGUCGUUCAUGCCCAGAGUGUUGUCACAGCGACGCUUCUCCAGCCACGCCACUGGCACAGCAGCCUCUCAGUCGGACCCCCCGCGCAGCAACAUGUUGCCCAGCCACAGUGAACCCAAUGUGCUAGAUGAGUGCCAGGGUCUUCUGCAGGAGGGUAACCUCACUAGGGUGGCCAGUGUGCAGAGUGAACCAGGCCAGCAGAACCUGCUGCUCCAGCCACCGCUGGGACGCAAGCGUGGACUCAAACAGCUGCGACGCCCCCUGCUGUCCAUCCCAAAAACGGAACCCCGUGGACGCUCCGGAGCUCGACUGUCCACCACGCGCCGAAGCAUCCAGCCCAAGAACAAACCCAUGGAAACUUUGUUGGACUGUGAAGCUCAAGGAGACCAGAAAAGAUCGGUCACAUUCACUGAGGCUCAAGAGCAGCAGGGGUCUUCAGCUGCUGCCAAGCCCCAAACUCCCGGCAGUGCCGAGCCACCGGACGAGGGCCGGAAGAGCAGUCCGUCUAUCUCCAAGUCGCCGACCCUGGAGGUCCCCACAGUCUCCUCGGCCAUGGUCACCGCUGACCUUCACACUCCUAACACGCAGGUUCCAUCAGCGAUGAGCAGCAAGGAGAAGCGAGAGCAGUGGGGCCUCCGCAGCAGCCUCUCCCCUCCGCCCUCCAUCUCCCGCCCCUCCACGCCCACACCACCCCCACGCACUUGCUCCCCUCUGCCUCUCUCUCGCACUUGCUCCCCCCUCCCCUUGUCUCGCACAUCCUCACCGUUGCCUCCUCCGCUCCCCGUGCUGGUUACAGCACCUGCCCCAGGUCCGCCGCCCCCACCACCCUUGCCCGUCCCUCCUCUUAUCCCCCCGCCCCCUCCCGGACCCUGCAGGAUCAGAGAGAGUCCGGGUGAAGAGGACACCACCGCUCUGCUGCCACGCAGCGACACGCUGCUGCAGCUCAGCGAGGACGAGGGGACUGAGAACCCCCUUCUCACCCCGCUGCUGGCUGCUCCCUCUCCCCGCCUCUCACCCCUCCCUCUCUCACCUGUGGAUCUCGACCUGGAUGAGUCUCAUGUGUGAUGCUCAGCGAAUGUUUAAUGAUGCUCAAUUCAGAAUGGCAGACAGACAAUCCUCACUAGUUGUGAAAGGAACCUAGAAAGCCAUUGUUUCCCGCCGGAAGAUAUUUUAUGAUACAGAUUUGUCCAUCCACAGCCAUGUCUAUUGUGUCAUAGUUCAAUAUUAUAUAAAUGACAGAAUAUAAUAUAUAUAUGAAACUAUGGAACAAAUUAUUCUUUUAUACUUGGAAGGUUUUUAGAUAACUAAUAUUAUGAAAGAAGAAUUUUCAAUUUGUUCUUUGUUUAUUUUUCACUGCUAAACUGUGUAGUGGUCGUAACCCAGGGAUGGGCUGAUGAGGCUUCAUGAAACAGUGUCCUUAUUUUCAGAGGCCUCCAGAUGGCGCUCUCUGCUCUAAAAUCUUUGGAUUUGAACAACCAUUUCAAUGAGACCUCACAUCAUUUUAAACCAUCUGGAAAUGAGGACAGUGUUUCAUGAAGCCUCACCCAGCCAUCAUUAGAAGUCUUUGUCUGGUCCCAGAAACCAGACUCCAGUCUGUCAUCUGUGUGUUGGAGAAUACAGUAUAUCCUGCAAAAUAUUUAUUUUGUGACCAAAGACUAGUUCUGUGUUGUCGAAGUGGAUAGAAACAGAUGUUUUCUGUUGUUAGUUUGCUGUUGCCGUAGCCACUCUGCUUAGACGUUGUUGCUCAUUCUCAUGCCUUAACAGAAACGAUAUUAAAGCAUAGUGGUAUUAUUCAGAGGCUUAUUUAUUAAACUUGACUGUUGUCAUGAAGCUAUGAUGAAUCGUGCCAUACAUUACACCAGUCCACUGUGAGUGUUUAGGCUUCUCAACGAAAACUGUGUUCCCUCUUGUGCAGAACAUUUUAUGUCCCUUGUUUCUUUCUGUAAGUGCCAUUUACCAAAACUGUCUUCGUGUCAACUUUAAAUAAAGGCAUAUAUAA